AGUGCGGAAGUAGCUCGGUUGACAACACGCCCAUGUGAAGUUGUGCGGGCGCUGCCUUCACGGAAAAGUGUUUUUUAAAUUUGGAAGAACUGUUACAAUACUGACUGCACUUUUGAUUUUACUGGAUGCAGCGUGUGUGUGGUCGUGCUUAGUAAUUUAGUAUGGCAUCUAAAGCUGUUUACACGGUAUGUAACGUGUUUUAUUAUGCUGAAGAGAGCUAAGCUAACCUCUGCUCUGUGAACUUCGACAUUUUAACUUAAAGUCAUGGUACUGUCAAUUUAAUAUCCUGUUACUUUUUCAUUUUCAUAGCAUAGAGACCCUAUGCUGAAGAAAAGAGAUGAUUUUGAAGACAUUUUGGAGGAGAGGAGGAGCUCGAGUGACCUGAGAUACGCCCUCAAGUGUUACACACCUGUCCUCUACAAAGGCCUGACUCCCUGUAAUGCCAGUCUGCUGAAGGGGAUGGUGCUGCAGUCUGAUCAGCUGCACUAUGUCAUCAGUCAGGUAACACUGAGACAGGGGCUGACAGGCUCGGUUAUUCUGGUUAAACCUGAUAUAAACAUGGUCAGAGCAGCCGAGAGAGGACCUGCUACCUGUGGAGGUUUCAGUCAUCAGUAAACCAAGAGACCAAACUAAUCCCUUUAUUAAACUAAAAUUGGUAUAUUCAGUUAUAAUAACUUCAGAAUUUGUCUCAGUGUCACAAAAAAGGAAAUUCAUGUUUUGGUGAGAAACUCAAACAGCGCAGUUUUUUAGGACAUAUUUUCCAAGCAAUAUGCUCAACAAUAUUUUUUAUCAGAUUUAUACAGAUUAUACAAAGGAAACACAUUACAAACACCCCCUUUCCCUCAAAACCCUGUCUACUGCUGGAUAUUCCUAUUACUUUACUUAAAGCUAUAACAAAAAUAAUAUAAAUAAAUAAAUUAAAAAAAUACAAGUAAGUGCUGGAAUUCGGGUUUUGUAGAUCUUGAAAUACAGAAGAUGUUGAGGAAUAAAAAGUAAAAAGAGUAUAUGUUAAAUGAACUACUGUGCGUUAAGAGAAAUACAAAUAUAGAAAAGUCGCUGAAAACUGAAAAAGUCCAUAAAAGAGAAAAGAAUUUUAAUUGAAUGCUAAUAAAACAUCACAGAAAUAUAUUUAAAAAAGAAAACAACUGGAAGACGAGAGUGCUAAUUCAAAAUGAUGAGAGUUUCUGAAUGUGGUCUAGGAAAGGUCCCCAGAUCUUAGCAAAUUUUCUGUCAAUGUCUGCAACCAAGUAACAAAUCUUUUCAAGGCCUAAACAAGACAUAAGGUCUUUCAGCCACUGACUGUGACCCAGGCAGCCCUUAUUUUGCCUAGGUGAUCAUGUCUUAUAUCAACUUAUUGUAUAUUAUGGAAAUGAGCCCUUUACUUGUUGGUUGUAAUUGAAGCACAUCAUCGACAAUGCUUGUAUCAGAUGCUACAGGAAAGUUUUGUACCUGAGAACGGAUGACUUUUAAAGCACUUUUCAUACAUGGAAUGUAGCACAAAGUGCUGUCCAUUCAAGCAGGAUAUUAAAAACAAUAAAGUAAAAUAAAUAAAUACAAAACCGCACACACCCUCCCAACCCUCAUUCAACACAUACAGCACUCACAAACUCACACACACAGAUGCAUCACAAAAGAUCAGGUGAGGACUCUUCAACUUGCCACAGAUGACUGAGGAACCACUAUCUUAAGUUAAAAAAGAUGAGGAAACACUGGAUUAAAACGAUAAAACCAUAAUAAACACAAUAAAGGUGAUGAAGCGUUAAAAGUUAAUUAAAUAAAACAGUCUUAAAAUCAAACAAAUACAGAAAGUAAAUUUUAAAAAAAGGUAAUAAAACACAAAAUAGUUACUCUAGGACUAAAAUAGGGUAAAAUCACAUAAUGCAGAUUAAUAGAUUAAACUCAACUAAAAGUCAGACUAAAAAUGUAGGUAUUUAGCUUAGUUUGAAAAAUGUGAAUGGUAGAUGUCGCUCUCAGGUCUGCAGGUAGGCUGUUGAAACAGUGAUACACCAUAUGUGUUAGUUGGGUAACAAUUUAAAAGACCACCAAUUUCAGUAAAAGGGCUAGUAUAUUGUACAAGUGUCAUGUCAAAAAAAGGGUAUUAGAAAAUUGAAAAAUAAACUCUAAAGUUAUGUAUAGUAAAGUAUUUUCAUUGUUGCUUUAGGUUGUAGGGUCUUUGUCAACCCAUCUUUUUAAAGGUAUAAAUAACUAAAUAAAACUAUUAUUAUAUAGUUGAGAUUUAAUAAAUUGUUAUUAAUUUGUACGUAAACCCAUGAAAUUACAGUUUUUCUCAGUCACUUUGGUGAAUCUCUCACAUCAGUAUUAACAUUUGCACAACAGUUAGUGCAUUUCUCAAAACAAUUAGUGCAAACUGCAAAACCUUGUGGAUAACCUGCGAAAGUGCGUCAUUUGCUCAAAAUGAAUAGUUGAUUCCUCAAAAGCAAGUAUUCAAUGAAAGUCAAUACAAGUGUCUGUGUCAUCAAAAUCCUGACACCAUUAUUUAUAAACAAGACAGUCAAAUGGCUUUGCCGUGUUUUCAUUAUAACACUUUACUCUCUCUGUGUUUUCCAAUGCAAAAAAGUCAGAUCUUGGUGACACUACCUGAAAAUGCUCAAGACAGCACUAUACACUACCAGGACAGCCAUUUGAAAACUACAGUAAAGUUACACAUUACUGUAUUUAGUGAGGUAACUGAGUACAAGACGCAUUUAUGUUUCACAUAUUUACUGCAUAUGCUCUCUGCAAUUCUACAGCAUUGUGCAAAAAAAAAAAAAAAUCACAGUCACUUAUUUAGAACAAACAUAAGAAAUACCAUUUUGGUACAACUGUGAACAAAUGUGAACAAUAUAACAGUACAUAUCACAGUAAAUGAUGCUGACCUUCCAUUUUUGUGUCACAGCAUUGUAGAAAUGGUACACACUAUGUCCUGCUUGGUCUAUAUAUGCUUGCCAAGUGAGGGUUCAUGGGAUUCAGCUCUGAGUGACUGUGGACAAAGGCUUGUCAUUGGUUACAACUAAUACUUCAAACAUCUCCUCAUGUGUGCCAGCUGAGGUUCACCUGAGAGCAAUUGUUCAAUUUAGGAGACAUUUGCAGGAACAAAAAUGAUAAAGGAAUAUUUGAAAUCAGCUUGACAUAUUUUGACAACUAGUUCAACAAUUUUGUAUGUAAAGACUCAAGCAAUAAAAUGAGGACUAUUAGUUUUAUAGGAAAUGACUAUUCAGCAUUCAAAAGUAUAGUUCAUUUUGACUGACAUGACAUCAGCAAAUGAUAAUAAUAUUGUAUGAAAGUAAUUGAUACAUGUGCACAAAUGACUCAGUGUUGUGGAGGUUGAACUGAUAGUUGUGAGAGCUUUCAUUCUGAUCUGAGAAAUGCACCAAGGCGACUGAGAGAAACUGUAAUUGUAAGUUUAAAUGAUUACGGUUCAACAAUUUAAAUUUCAGAAAAUGAGCAAGGUGAGUAAAUGUAAGUCUUAAUUUGAUUCGUGCAGAUGUCUAAAGGGACAGGCAGAGCCACUGAUGACAUCCAGGAGGAGGCGAUGGCCAUCCUGGACGAGAUGGCUCACUCCCUGCAGCUCAGCACCAUUCGCUUUUUCGCCUUCACGCUCAGCAAGGUGUUCAAGACUCUGUUCAGGAGCAUCUGUGUGAAUGAGGAGGGCAUCCAGAGGGUGAGGACACACACACACACACACACAAUGAAAAACUCCAUGAAGGAGACUGGUAAAUGAAAAAAUGAAUGAUCUCUUUGUGUUUGGUGGUCUUAGCUCCAGCAGGCCAUUCAUGAGCACCCUGUGGUCCUGUUACCCAGCCAUCGAAGCUACAUGGACUUCCUGUUGAUGUCUUAUCUCUUAUACACCUACGACCUGGCUCUGCCUGUCAUUGCUGCUGGCAUGGGUUUGUACAAAAAAUGUCAUUUUUUCCAGUUUUAUUUAGUUAAAUUUAGUGGACCUGUGAAAUUGAUGGAAUAUUUUAUGCCACAGUUGUUUUCCUCUAACUGUUUGUGUAAAGAUAUUUUGUUGGAUUAAAUCAGGGGCACAAUCACUUCUCACUUUUCACGCAGCAUCAGAAUUUGCACGUUAACUUACAGUCUUCCUGUCUCUGCAGACUUCAUGGGGAUGAAGUUUGUCGGGGAGAUGCUGCGGAUGUCGGGAGCUUUCUUCAUUCGGAGAUCGUUCGGCGGGGACAAACUUUACUGGGCUGUUUUUUCAGAGUACGUCAAGACCAUGCUCAAGGUGAGGACGCUGUUUUUGACAUUAUGGGGGGAACCGCCACACCUUCUUGGCCUGUUGUGUAGGCCAUACGUCUUCUUUUACUCAGACAUGUCCUCUUUUUGGGGGGCUAUCUGGCCUUGUAAGGGGGAGUUUAUAAAAUUCUUACAAUGUCUGGGGAUUUGUAUGUAAGUUUUAAGUUUGUGUCACGUGGACUUACUGAGUUAGAGGUGUGUAAAAAACACUCGACCCGACCUGAAAAACUCAAAAUUUACUACGCGCAUCUCUGGCAUAGUCGUGUCCUCUUUUUGGGGAUUUAGAAUAUGGUCACCCAACUGUUGUGUUCUUUCACAUGAAUAAUCACUAAGAAUGAACACAAUCCAUGCAUUUCUGUUGUAUUAUUAUUUCUGUGUCUGCUACAUUUAAAAAGGUUGAUAUUUUUUUUUGUGAUAAUCCAAUUUUGUGUCUUCAGAUUGGAUUUGCACCAGUUGAAUUUUUUCUAGAGGGAACCAGAAGCAGAACAUCCAAAUCUCUGACUCCAAAAUUAGGUGAGACACAGUCAAAGUCUGUCUCAAUGUAUCCAUGUGUCAUCUGUCAAACAUCUUAAGUAUAUUAAGAUCUACUUUACAGUCUCCUCAAAGUCGAAAUCUCAACAUAAAUGUCCUCACACACUCUUAAAUAUCCGUCAGAGUUCGUUCAUUGGUGGUAUUUUCCGUCAUUCCAUCCUUGUGUCUUCCUCAGGUUUGUUGAAUAUCGUCAUGGACCCGUUUCUUAAAGGGGAGGUGUUUGAUGUGAAUUUAGUCCCUAUCAGUAUCAGCUAUGAGAGGAUCCUGGAGGAGUCUCUUUAUGCCAGAGAACUGCUUGGUGUUCCCAAACCUAAAGAGUCCACAUCGGUAAGUCGUAGAACCUCUAUCCCUGUCUUGAAAUUGUGAGUCUUAUUCGGCAACGUAGAACCAUAAACACACAGUGGGUUGAUCCUCUUUGUAUGACUGAAUCUGCCUCUCCGGCUUCUCUCCUCUCUGAAGGGUCUGUUCAAAGCCAGGAAGGUCCUCAGUGAAGAUUACGGCAGUAUCCACGUGUACUUCGGUCAGCCUGUGUCUGUCAGGAGUUUAGCUCAGGGGAAAGUGAACCGCUGCCAGUUCAGCCUGGUGCCCAGGUACGCUACAGCAACACUUCAUGUCAUCUACAAUUUAUAAUUUGACCUUCAGCCGCUAAAAGCUCUUGAUAUUUUCCAGACAUAUCCCUAAGAGGCCCAGCGAGGAGAUCCACAGCUUUGUGAACGACUCGGCCUACAAACUGGUGCGGGCGCAGGAGGAGAACAUGGUCCUGAAGCCGUGGGUCCUACUGGUCUCUCUGCUGCUCCAGAACCACCACCAGAAUCAGGGGUCAGCAGAUGCAGGGCAGAGGAAGGGGGUGGCGCUGGAUGAGCUGACUGCACAGGCUCUGUGGCUCAGAGACCUUUCCCGGGAGUACGGAGCCUUCCUGCACUGGCCUGGUACUGCAUGAACCCAGUACUCCUACAAUACUGACAAUUGACACGUAAACCCUGCAUGAAUAACUCUCCUCAUUUGUUCCUCUCUCUCUCUCAGACCACACGCCUCCUUCAGAGGUGGUUUCCUCCAGUCUGUCUCUACAUCAAGGUCUGGUGAGGAUCUGUGAGGGAAGAGUUCACCUGGCUGUGGAGCAAGGUCAGGAUUUGUUGUUGUUUUAUUUAUGUGUUUCGUAUCUUGAUUUCUUCUCUUAUUUUAUAAGGACAGUCCUACACAUUUCCAGUGAUCGUGUGUUAUCAUGUAGCUGAGUCACCAAACCCAAAGUCUGAGUCGAGUGGAAUAGAACAGCCAAAUAAAAGCAGAGGGACACUUUUUAUCAAUCACUAAAGUCAUCACUGCUCAAGUCUAUUUACAAGUCUGGAAAAUUAGGACUUGAAGUCAAACUUUUCUCCUGAUUUUCUCUAAACACUAAUGUAACAUAGUCCCAUAAAACACUUAUUUAGUGUGCAGUGACUGAUUAUUUUCAGUAUUCUAUUUUGUGAAUGGUCCCAGAACAUUGUGGCUUUUUAAAAGAAAGGCUUCACUGAAGAGGUAUCGACCUAGAAACGCCACAAACUCAACAAGAUCUUUGAAUCAACCAAAAAAAUGUCCCAUCCUUGCCCAAACCAGAUUAUUUUCCCUCCAGGUCCCUUUGAGGGCUCUGUGGUUGUGUCUGCAGUUGAGGAAAUCUUAAAAGAUGAAGUUUUUAUCCAUCCUUUGUCCGUAAAUGUUGUCUUACAGCAGCAGCAGGCGUUGGCCAGCCUCAGGGCACCGUCACUCCAGAGGAGGAGCUCCUGAGCCAGGCAGUGGUCAUCUUGUCCUGUGUCUCCUACAGAAACCAGGCGUUGCACGUCUUCCUUAGACCGGCUCUGCUGGCCUCAGCCAUCCACACGGCCUCCUCCAACAACAAGCGUAAGAACCGUACUUCUGUUUACCUUCUUGACAUGCAUUACUUCCUCCUGAUUCAACCACACAGGCCCUAAGUACGAGAAGACCACAAAAUUUAUAGUCGUUUUAUUACAGUUUUACACAAGUGUGCCAUAAAAGCUGCUUAGUCUUCAAGCAUUAAAGCAAGUGUCUGUUUCUUCUCCCGCAUGCUAAUGAUUGUGUGUUUUCCAGAGGAGGUCUUCAACAGCUUCAGCUUCCUCAGAAACAUGUUCUCCAACGAGUUCAUCCUCUGUCCUGGAGCUACAGUGCAGGUGAGGAGCAAUGUUUCUGCACCCUGGUGUCUGUAAAUACAGCCAGACUCACCUGUAGUUCCUACAUUUAGACAUCCAGUCAAAGUUUUAUCUUCCACUCAUGAUUUGUAGGACUUUGAGGAGGCCUGUUACCUGCUGAUGAAGACCGGAGCCCUGCAGGUCACCCAGCAGGAGGUUCUGGUGACAGAGAGUGGACACAGGACCGUGGCCUUCCUCACCAACAUGUUAGAUCCAUUUUUACAGGGAUACCAGGUGAUUAUCAGACUUUCAUAAACAGUAUUUCAAUCAUAUGUGACUUUGAUCCACCUUGAGUUUGACCUAAGAGAUGUUUCGACAUGCGUACCUUUUCUGUGUGUGAUCUCAGGUGGUGUGCAGGUUCCUGUGUGAGGAGGCGACUGACUCUCUGACUGAAAAACUGUUCAUUCCUGCUGUGCGGAAAUUCAUCAUCAAACUUCUUCUCGAAGGUUUCUCCUUUAAUUUAAAGAAGUUUCAUCAGUCAGAUGUAGGGCUGGGCGAUAAAACGAAAAUGUACAGAUACCGAAAUUUAUGACAAUUUACGUCGUCAUUUUGCCCAUAUCGGUAUAUUCAGUGUCAAAAAAAUAAAUAAAUCAAAGUUGGUGUUGGAUGUGUGUUGGUAGGCUAUGGUUUCAUGUCCCUUAAAGACGCUGUCCUACGUCAGAGACAUGACUCCACCCCAUCCAGUCCGUAACAAAGAGGGAAAGACAGGUGUGGAGAUGGAGGGCUGUUCAAAAGUUGUAGCGGCUGAAGUAGACAAAGUUAAUGUGGGAGAGGGUGAGGAGCUUGUGGAGUAGUAAUCGUCCAUUUAUCGUUACCGAGGUGAACUGCUCAAUAUAUUGUGAUAUUGAUUUGAGGCCAUAUCGCCCAGCCCUUGUCAAAUAACUUAUUACCAUGUUUCACCUUUGAUAGGAUGUGCUAAAUGUGAUUUUGUGUUUAUCAGGGAGACUAAGAUACGCUGAGGUGUUGUCCUCCGACCUGCAGAAGAAUGUUCUGGCAGCUUUGCUCAGACUUGGAGCUGUACAGAAAGUUAAAGGGUAUGUUUGUUUUGAUCAUCUGUGUGUGCCUGUUUGGUGGAUAGAUAAACAGUAUUAACUCCACUCACGGCAGAAGACGUCAAAAGUGGAACUUUUUUUAUUUAUUUAUCUAUUUAUUUUUCUGUAAAUAAUUAAACACUUCAAUUCCUGGUCCUCAGAGCGGCGCCAGGGACUCUCAAGAUCAACACUGUGAUGGUGAACUCACUGGAGGACACUCUGGGUGAGAAACGAGCUCUCAGUGAAAAGCAGAAACCAAUUUUGGGCUUUUCAGGCCUUUUUAAAUAAAUCACAAAUGUGUUUUUUUUUUUGUUUGUUUGUUUAGGAGGAAAACUGCCCACUCAGAAAACCGUCUCAGCUCGCCUCUAAACCAGCGACCUCACCUGGCGACUGACGGUUUUUACCUUCAAUGGCGUAACAUUAAUGAAAUUCUUUCUAGGAGAGGUUAAACCUCAGAGUUUUCUUGUCCUCUCUUAUGACUCCUCUGAAAACCUUUUUUACUCAUUGAUAAAACAGACAAGGAGUUGGCCUUUUGGAAGCUUCAUUUUGCAAAGCUUUCUGAGUAACCGACCUUUUGCUACGAGCGUCUCUGUGUGAAAGCUUCUGAAUGUGCUGACUCUACUUAAGAGGCGUCUAUUCUGCAUUAAUGCGUUUGAUAUGUAUCCUCUAACACUCAGCGGGCUUUUCUUUGUGCCGUUUCUCUCUCUGCUUUUCCUCUCCGCUUCGGUCUGUCUCUCAGGUCUCAUCUGGAUUUUGUUUGAGCACUUUAAUCUAUUUAUUCAUGCGGUGUGGACCUAACUCUUUUCACCGACUGUUUUCUCAGUUUUUUCGUGUUGCUACAUUUGUCAGGUAAGAGGAAUUUGUUGGUUACAUAUUUUUUUCUUUUGGUGAAACGGUUUUCUGUUGCAUUGUACGAACAAAAGAGUUUGUAUAUUUGAGUUGGAUUUGCCACAAAGCCAAUAUCUACUUGAAGAAAAGCUUGCUCGAGUUUGAUUUAAUCCACUGCUGUUCAAGCUUUCAAAAGGAAAAAAAACACUUCAUUUGUCAUUUGUUUACACAGAGGGGAAAAACUCUGGAAAAAAUCGCCAACAUGAAACUGCAGUUUUUCACGCCAAAGAUACAAGUCCGUUUAAAGUAAAUCUUAUUUUUCUGCUGUUUUUUAAGUCUUGAAUAGUUGUCGAAGUUGCUUCAAAAGUUGCUGAUAUAACCAGGAUCUCAAAGAAAGGAAUCAGAGGGUAGAAAAAUAGGAAAAGAGGUGCAGAUUCUGUUACCGAACGGUCACAAAUAUUAAAAGGAAAACAGGUCAGCUUUAAAAAUACCUGCAACUUUAUCACUCAGGAUUACUCACUCUGAGGAGUGUGGGAUAUGUUCGAUAUUCUCUGUUAGAUUAGUGCCCUCAACCUUUAUUUCAAAGCUAUUUAUUUGGUAUUUAAUGGACAGUGUUGUCAUGGUAACCUUUGUAAUCACAGUCCAGUGUUGUCAGCAGGUUGCUGUUCGCAGGAUAAACUCCCAUUAGUGACACUUAAACUUAUGUUUCUUAUUUUGGCUUUUAAGAGUUAAACACCUACUAAUUUAACAUUAACAUUUUGGGAAAAUAUAACUUUUGUCUAAAGAUUUUUUUUUUUACUUGCCCAAAAGCUAAUAAUUAAAAUAAAGGAAAAAGUUGCCAAUAUUUGUGAAAUCUAUGUUGCAGUGAAACCAGUCACUGGAGCUGCAUGCUUUUACAUUUAAUUGGCCAAAAAUCCCUGAAAUAGUUUAAAAAUCCAGGAAACACACUGUCAGUGUUUGUGAGCCAAAUUUUUCACUCCACUUGAAUUUCUGGGAGCUCAAACUCUCGUUCUCACUGAGGUUAACUCGUCUCACACUGUAGCACCUUUGUAAAACAACAACCUGCCAACAGCACACCUCAUCCAAAGUGAGCGUAUUGGUGCAUUAAAUUUUUUUGUUCAGCUUUUAUGAUGUGAUGUCUGAAUAAGUGUCUCUUUCGCAUCUUUGUAAGUGUGUGUGCGUUCCUACACGUGUGUUUGUUGAGGCCUUUUCAUGCCUAAUGUACAGGCUGAUGAAAUAUAAAAGCAUGUUAAUAAAGUGUUUGGUUAUAUAAAGGUU